AUGUCGACCUUUUCGAACGAGUCCUUCUCGAAACUGGCAUCGAUUUCCACGCCGAGAAUCUCAGGAUUCUCGUGGAUUUGGUCCUACUAUCUCAUCCCUGCGAUUGUGGCCUACCCUUUUCUCUGCUCAGCUCUCCGCUUACGCCGACUGAACGCCCUCCGCGCCAAGUUCAAGUAUGGCACGCCUGAGCACCCGUCGUACGAGGGAAUGACCGUCAAAGAAGCCCAUGAUAUUCUUAGAGCUGUGAGCGACCUGGAAUUCCCGUCCUUAUUCGAGAAAGGCCUCCAAUUUGCACUUUUUCGGACGUACGCAAUUCCGAGCAUUAGCGAGCUCUUGGUAAAGACAACGCAACUCGUUGCAGAGAAGAAUGUGCCCAAGCGCUACGCUGACACUGGCGUAUUGCUCGGCGAUAUGUACGGUGGCGAGCCGGACAGCGACAGAUGUAUCGAGGCUUACGCCAGACUGAAUUAUUUACACGGGCAUUACAUCAAACAAGGCAAAAUCAGUAAUGAUGAUAUGCUGUAUACAUUGUCGUUGUUUCUCAGCCAGCCUGUGGAAUGGAUCAACAAGUACGAGUGGAGACAACUUACCGACUUGGAAGUAUGCGCAAUGGGCGUAUUCCACAAAGCAAUGGGCGACGGGAUGGAAAUAUCUUUCGAGAAGCUCCCUUCAUAUUCGACAGGAUGGAAAGAUGGCCUGCACUUCUAUCGGGAGCUGGAUACCUGGUCGAAGCAAUAUGAGAAGACAUAUAUGGUGCCUCAUCAGAAGAACUACGACACGGCGGUGCAGACUCGAAACUUGCUACUGAGCACUCAUCCUCCCUUCAUGAAGCCUAUUCUUACCAAGGUUGUGAGCGCUCCCUUGGACGACCGGCUGAGGAAAGCAAUCAUGUUCGAAGAGGCACCGUCGUCAUACCGAGCAUGCUUCCACGGCUUCAUGGAAUUGCGACGUUUCUUGCUUAGAUAUCUUGCUUUACCUAGGCCUCCAUUCAUGGCAAAGCAGCUCAUGACAAAGAAACCUGAUGCGAACGGCAGACGAUACUAUGUUACGUGGGACACUGCACCUGUCUACGUCAAGCCAACUCUGUGGAAUCGAUGGGGUCCUGGGGCAAUGAUUCACCUCCUGCUUGGAAUCCCCCGUCCGGGAGACCCAGGUACAUAUCCUGAAGGAUUCGAGAUCAGGAGUACUGGACCAUCUGUGUUUGCCGGCAAGGGAUCCAAAGAAAUGGAGAUAACCAGAGAAAGACUGAAGAAGGAGAGGACAGGCGGCUGUCCGUUUGCCGUCGGUCGAGCUUGA